GUAACCCCGAUAUAACAAUAGCUCCGAGACAUUGGAUAGAGUGUGUGAAACUCAAGCCUCAGAACUUCCGGAGGAGAGGUCUGGCUGCAUGGACAAAAAGUUAAAGCAGGCAUUGCACCUGACUGGCUGCCAUGCUCAAGGUGUUGUUUUACCCUUUGUAUUACGCGCCGCAGAUGGGACACGAGGCUAUAGAGAUUAGUGGCAGCUUCUCCGUUAGAGCCAUAGAUGGGGAUAUGAUAGGCAUGGAUUUAGGUAUAUAUAGUUCCGAUGGGAUUGCUAUCGAUGAAGAAGCCCGCGGGACUGCUCGUCUAACCGCCCGCGGCUAGAUAACUGGGGUAAGGUUUCAUUUAGAGGAUCUUGGCUUAGACGAUGGUCCAAGACACUCUGUUCUCCACCUCUUCCUAUGGGUUUGAUCUAUCACUAUCACUAGCGUUUCGCAGAUCACCGAGUGGUAGAAUUGCGGCGGCAACAUCGCAAUGUUCCGUCCAAGGUUUGGAAGCGAAGCCCUCACUAUCAAAGUGAUCUGACAACACCGAGUGAGCUAAGUCGUUUUAGAUAGCACUCCUGGGCCAAGCCAAGUGGAGGCUAGUGCCACCCGAACCUGAAGCUCGGGGAGAUACGGCCUCAUAAAAAUGACAGCAGUCCCUACAUGCCAGGUAAAGCAGUCCAUAUGACUUAGCUAUCGGUUUUCAUGCUUA